AUUAGUUUGUAGUUUUGAAACGCCGGAGGUUUCAAAUAUUUUUGUUCGUUGGGUUUCCCCAAAUCUGAAAAGCCCUCCAUCCUCUUCCAACGCUUUUAAGGAAGCAACAAUGGCGAACCCUUCCAAUAGAUCUCCAUCUCCAUUGCCGACGAGACCGAGAACCUCCACGGAGCCAAACUCCGCCGCCAGAAGAAGUUUCGGCGGCACCCCUUCUCCCAUACCUCUCCCACUCUCAAACACGGGGAGACGAAGUUUCCGCCGUUCCUGCCCUCCCUCGCCUUCCAAUAGCCCUGCCGAUUCUGGAAGGAGGAGUUUACCGGUUAAAGAAGAGAAGCCAGAAUCAUGGGAUUGCUCGGAGAAGGAGAACGAGAGAGCGGCUAAGCUUCGGUCGCCUGCUAAGGGCUCCAAGAAUUUCAUGUCCCCAACCUUUUCUGCAGCUUCAAAGUUCAGUUCAUCGCCCAAGAAGAAGGUCUUGGUGGAGAGAAAUGAGCCUGUGAGGACUUCGAUUUCACUAUGCGACGGUAAAGCUACAUUCUUUUCGUCUAUUUCUUCGGACCCUACAGAAAAUUCAAUUCCAAAGCCUGAGGUUCGUCCAGGCACAAAAUCGUUGAGAAAGGUGACAUUUUCUGAGGCACCUUUACAAUAUGACGAUGAGAACGAUGUAACCGAGUCUGAUUCUCUCAGCAAUGAGAAAUGUCUCAGACUCCCUUUUCUUGAUAUGUCUCCUUGUAUGAAUCACGCUUCCCCCAGACCUAAGUUUACCCUCUACAGCCCAAAACCCAGUCUUGAAGUUCUGAAAAGCACGGAAAAGGGUUUUGACAUGGUGGGGGAAUCUAAGCGACUAGAUGAAAGUUUUGGGUCUGCAAUUGUUUCGGAGGAUUUGGAUUCCGAGUCUCAGAGUGAUGAUUCCCACACGGAAUCAGAUGAUUCAUCCUCUACUACUGAGGAAGAAAUGGCAGUAGAGGAAGAACCCAAGUCUUUGGAGGAAGAGGAGGAGAUAGGACUGAAACCAGAAGCAGAAAAAUUGGCCAAGGAAAGCCAUGAGGGGGAAAAGAAAAGCAGAAUCUUUAUCUGUUUAAAAUGGGCUUUUACUGUUUUCCUCCUCAUGGUUGCUGCUUGUGUGUCAAUCUCAGUUACUGAUAGUCCAGUCUUCAAUGGUUAUGGAGUGGAAGAUGCAAAUCUUGCUGAUCUUUCUUCUUACUGGGGAUCACAAGUCCAAUCCACUCUGAAUGAUCAUCAUCACUUCGGGCGGUUUUUUAUUCCUCCUACUUUCCCAACUGAUGAGUUGAGUCCAAUGUUUUUUACAAACUCAACUUGUCUAGUAGGGGGAACUGAAUGGGAAUUCAAAGUGGACAGGGUGUUUGAGAAGUUGGAAGAAGAACAAGAUCACGAGUUGGACGACGAAGCAGAAUCUGAGGAUUUGGUUAAAGAUGACGAGGUAGAAGAGGAGGCUGACUCAGAUAUCGAAGAAGAACUAGAAGAUGAAGACGAUGUGCCAGACAUCAAACUAGGAGGGAAACUUGAGGUUGAAAAUCUGGCUGAUGAGGAGGAUGUGGGUUCUGCUGAAGAAGAAGAAAUUUCUGCCAUUGGAUUAGUAGUAGCAAAGGAUGAUGGUAUUAUUGAAUUGAACAGUCCUCCCAUCAAUGGUGUUGAAUCUGAAGAAGUUCAUACUGAUUUUGCUGACAGCAUGGAAAUUUCAGUUCUUGAAGCAGUAGAAAAUGAUGUUUUGAUUAUCAAUGAUGUUCUUCAGCCUGAAGAAGAAGAAGAAGUCCCUACUCAUUUUGAUGACAACAGAAAAAUUUUAGCUCUUGAAGAAGCUGUAGGGGAGGGAGAACCGGAUGUUGGCAUUGAUGAUGAUGACCAUCUUGAGAAUAUAGCCGAUGAAAAAGAUGGUUCUUUUUCAGGAGAAGAAUCUCCAGCCUCUCAAAUGCAUCAGGAAGAAGAAGGGAGGAAUGGUUUCAACAAAUCUCUGGGAAUUUCGGCGUCCCCUCUCCUCCUCCUCAUCAGUAGUGCAGUGGCAGUUGCUGCAGCAGCAGCAGUGCUCAUAUCUGUGAAACAAAGCAACAGAAUGACAAUAGUAGAAGAUGAAAAACAAGAAACAGUGGGUAAUGCUGUAACAGGUUCUGGCACUUCAUCAGAAGAAGUAAGCACAUCUGGCAACAGCACAAGCAGAAGAAGAGGAAGAAGAAGAAUGGCAGGGGAGGCUGAGGAAGAGGAGAAACGAAAGGCUAGCAGUAGGCGGGAGUCGGUUGCCACUUCGGAUUGCUCUUUGGGAUCCCUUUCCUACGGGAGCUUCACCACGUACGAGAAGAUUCCCCUCAAGCAUCACCAUCUUGGAAAUGGAGGAGGGGACGAAGGGAUGACACCGGUGAGGCGGUCAAGCCGAAUCCGAAGCCAAACGGUGGCGGAAAACGCCGUCAUCAUGAGAAUGAUCGAGAGAAACAGCGUCAGCAAUCCGAUGAUGGAUCUCCGAGGAAGAGCGAGCAGGAAAUCCUUCUCUGCGUAUCGCGAUGUCAAGAUCGAGAGGAAGGCGAGCAUCGAGGUCGACGCCGUGAAGAGAGAUCCGGCGUUGGCGAUGGCGAAGACGGUGAAAGCAGUUUUCUUCGAGAAGAUCGGGUGGCCGCUAUCGCUGUUGUUUCCCCCGGAACAGUGAUUGCGGCGGCGAACGCGACGGUGACGAUCAGUGCGGCGGCGAUUGUGCAGGAAUUCGCCGUGUCCUUCAUCAGUUUCUCUCCGUUCUCUUUCAAGUUUUUAUGCUCCUCCGUGAACACCGAUCUAGGCGUUUUCAAGUCCUUGUUCGUCGUCGACGGGACAUAUGACGGU